UUCUGUUCCUGCAGGCCCACAGAGCUAUGCCCCUUAUCACUGCCCAGUCGUCCUUCUCCAAUCAAAGAGCUAGGUAGGGACUGAAUGCCAGUCAGGCCGGAUUUCUAUCACUGUGCCCUCAAGCAGCUUUUAAUACAAGACCUUUGCCAUUUAACAACACUGGAGUUACGAGCCUGGCUGUGGCAUCUGGGAUAAACCAGCAAGCAUUAGCAGUAACUAAGUGAGUGUGAAUUAGUUCUGAGAUAUCUUUGAUCAAUUAGUGAUCAAAUCUCAUUAACACUAGAAACAACUGCUUGGAGGAUCAGGAUCGAGGAUUCUGAACACACUACCCCUGCCUUGGCACAGCUGUUUUGGUUGAGUGGACAGGAGGCUGGACGUUUCAAUGGGGGGGUUCCUGACCCUUGUGGAGCCUGUAGUGAUUCUCAACAGCAUCGGAUCCUCCUUCUACGACACAGCCUUGACAUUGGCGAUCUACAGCCGCUGCAACGAGACUUCAGGCGGACAGAGUGACGAAGCCCAGACUCUUUCCUCUGACUUCUUCCGGGUGUACAGCAGUGUCGGCUCCCUGGUCUCCCUGCUGUCCACAGUGCCCCUGGGGAGGCUGGCAGACCGCAGAGGGCAGAAGGUCCUCCUGGUGGUUCCGCAGCUUGGAUCCAUCUUGGGCAAGUCCUUCCUGCUAUUCCUCAUUCUGUACCGGCUCCCUCUCUAUGUGCUCUAUGUGGGUGCCUGCCUGCAUGGCAUCUGUGGAGGAUCUCCCGCCUACUGGAGCGGUGUGGACUCCCUGGCUGCCAUGAGAUCUGGUUCCCGGGCACGGAGUAUGAGAUUCAACUCUGUAGACUUUGUCUCGGGGGUAGCUGGCAUAAUUGGGAGUUUGAUCUCUGGGUAUGUCUACCGGAUCGAAGUGAGCGAUGGGCAAACUGGAGUCCUCUUGAUCUUCGUCAGCCUGCUUGUGUGCGGGGCUGGUCUUUUCUACUCAGCCUUCAUCCUAAAUUACCCGGCCAUUGCAGAGAGGGAGGAAGGGAAUCCAGAUUCCUCUGAACGAGGGGAGAUGGAUAGGGGAGCUGUAGCUCUCCUCUUUGCAGCUAUGAUUCUCUUUGUGUUGGGGAUGUCCGGCGCUGAGAAGGUGAUCUGUCUCUUUGUUCUCAAGCCUCCACUCAGCUGGGACUCUGUGUGGGUGGGUUAUGGCCAGGCUGCCACCAACAUGAUGUACCUGACUAGCUUUGCUGGGGUGCUCCUGUUCUCUCGCUGGCUCAGUGAUCCCGCGCUCAUCCUACUUGGAAUUGUCUCGAACUGUACUGGUAUGGCCAUCAUGGCCUUUGCACAGCACAGCUGGGUCUACUUCACAGCUCGGGGGAUCAUGAUGUUUGCCUGCAUUCCUAUGCCCACCAUCCGCUCCCAGCUCUCUAAGCUAAUGGAUGCACAAUCGUAUGGGCACAUCUUCAGCUGGCUCCAGUCCAGCUUGGCAGUGACAGACGUGCUCUCCACCUUCCUCUUCACUGGAGUGUACCCCCUCACCCUGGACUGGUACAGUGGCUUCUGCUUUCUGCUCUCUGCCUUAAUCAGCUACGUCAGCGCUGUGCCCAUCCUACACCUGAACUGCAGAACGGCAAGAUGUCGCUACAGCAGACUCUCUGGAACAGACUCCCCUCACAGCGCCAUCAACACCUAGAUAACCUGAAGAUACACCACCAGCCCCUUCAUUUACAGUGACCAGCUGCUACUGCACAAUAUUGACCCCUGCUGGAAGAGGAUGGGUAAAGCAGCCAGGAAUACAAGGCCACCCUCACCCAAAUUCCAUGGUCUGAAGCACUUCCCUUUAAUAGAAAUGUUGAAAUUGUUUUUAAUAGUGCAAGUAUGUAGCCACCAGGUGGAGCUGUGUGUUAAAAAAUGGAGAGAGUAAGCAAUAUUCCAAAACAACAAAUAUUAAAGAAGUUAACUUAAGUGAUCACUAAACCUUUAAGUAUUGUUUCUAAAUAUGAACAUAAGGGUGUAAAUUCCAGUACUAUAGUUAUAUAUAAUAUUGUAUAGAGUUCUUUUCAAACUAACAUCCAUGCCAAACUGAAAAUUACUGUACAGUGUCUUGAAAUGAGAUGGGGGAGGCUACAGUAUUAGAACAAUAUUAGAACACAAAAGUUUGAGAAUGAGAAAAGGCAAUUUAGCCCAUCAAGCGCACCAUUGUCCCCUACUGGGGGAUCUCAUUUAAAAGCACGGAACCUAGUGUUUUUGGGUUUUUUUUAAUCUUUCCAGUAUUUUAGAUCCUACUACUUCACCUAGUAGGCUAUUCCAUGAAUGUAUAACUCUCUGUGUAAAAAAACUUAUUUACUCAGCUUCCAUGUAUGCCCUCUUGUUCUUCUUUCUGUGCUAAAUGUGAAGUCAUGUCUUGAGUUAACUUAUCUAUACUAUUUAUGAUUUUUAAGACUUCAAUCAAGUCCUCUCUUUCCCUCCUUUUUUUCUAGGCAGAGGUGAUUUCAUUAUUUUAACCAGUCCUCAUGGCUCAUGUCAUUGAGUCCUGCUGCCCUUCUCUGUACCUUCUCGAGUGCAAUGGUGUAUUCUAGGUGAGGUCUAACUGGCGCAUUGUACAAUCUUUUCAAUAAAUAAGACUUUCUUAUUUACAGAAAAUCCUUUGUUGACCUGAAGCAAAGCAGAACUAAUACACUAACAAACAACACAAAAGCAAAGCACAUAUACUUCUUUAAAAGGAGAAAAGUGAGAAUAAUUGUUUGAAAUCCUCUUUGAGCGGUGGUACA